UAAAUUCUGUUUCAUGGUGUUUGUAUUUCUGUAAGAAUGCUGUAGAUUUUAAGUGCUUAUAAAGUAUUAGAUUAUUGUUGGCACUUCAUGAAUUUUUUUUGAAUAACUAUGAUGCACAUUCUACUAUUUCUUUCCAAGUACCAAGAAAAUGAAACCUCAAAAUGAAAGUUUGUAUCCCUUCCAUGAUUAACCUUUGCUGCAGCCACCUUCUGCUGUAAGCAUCCUUGAGCAGCAUAUACCAUUCAAAAGGUAACUGUUUGCGGAUUCACAAACUAUUGGCUAUUUUGUAUUUCAACAUCUAGUUGACCUUGAGACUAGGACAAACUAGGGAAGUGUAAGUGGUGGGUUUUCUAGGAGGGAGUUAAUAUUUGCAGAAGAUCUUGCUAUAAUUAGCUUGGUCUUAAGUUCUUGAACUGAUAAUUUUUGUUCUUGUAUGAUUGCCUUCCCAAGUUGUACUUUAUUUUAUGUUCCUUAUUUUUUUUAAAGAUUAGGUUAUUGAUUGGUGCUUUCUUCUGUUGACACCUUGAUUUUUAAUUUUUUUUUCCCCUUCUCCUUGUUUAGCCACUGUACUAAUGGAUCCUUGAGUUGUAGGCAUCAUCUCUUAUCUACUUGACCGCGUUUAAUAAGUUGUUGCAAUACGAAUACAAUAGUUCUCCUGGUAAGCAGCUGGCCUGCUUGGUUCCAAGUUAAUCUUCUUUCUUGCCCAGAGUUUCGUUGGUAGGAAUUCAGCACCAACACAUCUGGGGUUGUACUUUAGGUUUACAAACAAUUGCGAAUUGUUUCCCAACUUUUGUGGAUCACAAUUUGAUAUUAUAAGCCUUCACCAUUUUAAAUGUCAUAUGGCUAUUCUGUUACAUAUCAGGGUUAAUAAUUAAUUGCAUUUUUGUUGUUCAGCAAAAGUAUUAAAUAAUUUACUUUCAAGCCAGAAACAAGAGCCAUUGUACUCAACUACUCAUUUUUUUCUGCCAUGAGAUCCCCAUUUAAAACUGAUAUAUCUCUGUAAGCUGCUGACAAAUUCGAGAAAGCUAUCUUUGUAUGUGUAAAAGUUUUGGCCAUGAAAUGAAUAUUAGACGUUGGAUCCAUCGUGCCUCAUCCCUGCAAACGUUUUAAGUAAAUCUAGGUUUGUACCUCCGAGGCAUUCAAUAUCCAAGAUCACCCCAGAUUGGGAGCUGAAGCAGACAAGCCCCAGAGGAGGAGUAUAAGUUACCUGAUCUCCUCAAGAUCCUCUUAGCUCUCUCUUAUUAGGCCAACGGCUGUAGCCCUGAUGGUUAUUCCUCCACCUGUUAGGCCACCCAGAAUCAUCAAUUACUUAAAACCUUAUGUGCUGAAAAUGCACUUCACAAACAAAUUUGUGAAUGCCCAGGUGGUCCACACUCCGACGGCCACAGUGGCCUGCUCUGCUAGCUCUCAGGAGAAGUUGCUGCGGCCGAGCAUGGAGUCCACCCGAGAUGUUGCAGCCGCUGCUAAGAUUGGGAAGAUUCUCGGUGAGCGGCUCCUGCUCAAGGGGAUCCCUGCCAUUUCUGUGUUCUUAAAGAGGGAGCAGAAGUACCAUGGAAAAGUGAAGGCAAUAAUAGAUUCCAUGAGAGAUGCUGGCGUGAAGCUGCUGUGAGUUUGGUUGUAAGUCUAGUCCUGGCGUUGUUGAUGCAGUAAAGCUAGUAUCCUUUUUGAGGCAAUAAUUAUCAAACACUCUGCUAUCAGUUCACAGUGAGUCAUUGGACAUUUGAUUAAUGAGGAUGGAAAAGAUGGAACUUAACCUGAUCAACAUACAUGUUCGUAUGUUUUGUCAUGUGGAAGUGUCACCGGAACCGAUGUGAUUUAUAGCUGAAUGCUUGAGUCUUGUUUUACAUGAACAGAAAUAAGGAAACCCUUGCUGAUGAUGUUGGUUACUAGCUUA